AUGUCGCAGCUCAAUCAUGCUGCUGGCAUCUUCGCCGACAUGUCGGUCGAUGGCCCCGCCAUUGGGACUCUGGUCGCUAUUGUCGACCGGGCGAAGAACUUGCCCAACAGAAAAACUAUGGGGAAACAGAACCCCUACUGUGCGGCUCGACUGGGUAAAGAGGCAAGAAAGACAGAAACAGACUUGCGCGGUGGACAAACACCGAGAUGGGAUUCUGAGCUUCGGUUUACAGUCCACGAGUCUCCAGACUACUUCAGGCUCAAGGUAUCAGUGUUUAAUGACGACAAGAAGACGGAGUUGAUUGGAGAGACUUGGAUCGAUCUCGUUAAGGUGAUUAUCCCCGGAGGUGGACAAAGUGACUCGUGGCACCCGCUGCAAUCCAAAGGAAGAUAUGCAGGAGAGGUGCGCAUUGAAAUGACCUAUUACGAUACACGCCCCGAGGAUGAGGCUGUGAUCGAACGACGCACCGGCCAGACGGCGGAGAAAAUCCACGCCAAAGCCACAGCAUUGGCAUCAGCAUCGGCACCAGCAAUAGCCCCAGCAUCAGCAACAUCUGGCUCAACCAAAAGCUCGUCGUCAUCGCUUUCAGGCCCCAGGCAAUUGAAAGAGGUCAAGAGGCGGCCGCUACCAUCUGAUCCUGCUAGUUCGCUAGCUGCACGUCCUCCGCCUCCAGAAAAAGUCCCGUCAGCACCAGCCCCAACACAGCCUCUGCCCGCUAGGCCGACACUUCAUGAGCCACCCACCGCACAUGCUGCUGCGGAUUAUGCGCAUCGACCCCGUAGCCAUUCCGGGCUUCCAGAAGCUCAGCAUGAUAUGUCAGCUCGCCCUAUAAGGGGUUACGACGCCCCGAGUGAUGUACCGAAAGAAUUGCAUCACCCUGCCCCAGUCCAUCCUCCUGUAACGAAACGUUAUACCCAAGAUAUUCAUCAUAGCUACCGUGAACCAUCUGUCGAGGACUACGAGCCCCGUCCUGUUCAGCAACGACAACAGCCCGAGAUUGAAAGCGUGCCGGCCGUCGACUAUCGGUCUUCAAGACGAGAGCUUCCUCCGAGUAGAGAGCAGCAUCCCUCAGAGCCCGUUGAUAUGAUGUCAACAAGAAGCCCGUAUGAAGCACCACCUCGCCAGAGUCCACGCCAUAACUAUCCUUUUGCGUCAACGGAGCAGUACGAAUACAAUCCCGAGCCGGCUGCGGUGCAGUAUGGACAAGUCGCCAAAUACUCGCCUCGGUCGUCCGGCAGCAUGCACGAGUAUCCUCCAGCUGAAUACAGCCACCCCCAGCCAGAACCUAGCCGUCAUUACCGUUCGCACAGCAAUUCGCUUGUAAGCAACCAUAGCCGCUUCCGCAACUCGGUGAGCCGUGACGAUAUGCAUUCAGAGUACGCAACGAUGCAGCCGCGCGUGGAAGACGAAGAUGAAGACGGCCCUCCACCUCCACCUCCUGUCCAUCGAUCUGGCUUGGUGAAAUCUAGUCAGCCGAUGGUACCAUCUCCAACACCAUCCUAUCAGGCUUACUCUCCAGAGUACGCGCCCUCCCCACGCGCUUCCAAUGAUCUCAGUUUAUCCCAGUCUUCUUACUAUGACGCAGAGCCGGGGCCGCUCCAAGACCCCCUACACACGGACGGCCCGCCCGUUCCGCCAAGUCUGGUGGCCGGGUAUGAUCCAGUGAUCGCAGAGGAAGAAACGGAUCGAGCCGUAAAUGAACGACGAGCUAGCCGGGGAAGAAGCGUUUUGUUCGAAGAUGAUAUCAUUCUUCCUCCCCAGGUCCGUGAUCCGUCCCCUGUGCCACCAUACCCUGUGGAACGCGCGCCUUCGCCCUCGCCCGUGAACGAACAUGCAGGUUCGAUGGUCAUCAGAAGAAAGCCGUCGGCAAGUCCUGAUAACCGGAUCGUUCCCCGACGGAAAUCAGUCAGCCCACAGCCGCCACUAGUAGGAGAACGACCAGUGUCUAGCAUUCCGUUCUCCCCGGACUCGUAUGAUACCUUUAACCCUAACGCCGCGCGGUCUGCUGUUAUUCGCAAUCCAGCUCCAGCAUAUGAUACUCCGGCACAAGCGGCGCAUGCAGCUAUGCGGAGUGAAGCGGAAACGUCCAGAGAGCCGGUUCCAAUCAUUGAUGAUAAUGGUCGAGAGAUAGAUCCUUCUGACCAUCUUCCCUCGGAUACCUGGGCGCCGGAACCCGAGAGGAAGACCAAAAAGCCUGGAGUGAUUGUACGCUUUAAGAACUCUCCCACAAAGAGCACCAGUCCCAUGGACAGAACGCCCCCUCGGGACCACUACACUAUUCGUGGACGUGAGACUUAUAGUUAUGGAAAUGGACCAGUAUAUACCUCGCCAAACACAGGCCAUCCUGCGAGAUCACCUCGAGGGUCUGUGUCACCGAUACCAUCCCCGGGCUCUCGCUCUCCUGUGAAUAUGUACGCACCCGCCAACCCAGGGCCGCCCAUUCCGUCCAAGGUGCCCAUAACUCAACCGAUGAAUCAAAGUUAUCCUGUGAUGGCCAGCAACACUGGCAUGGAUGCUUUGAGCCGGGAGUUGAACACAAUUGACAUUGGAUGUAGCAACCCGCAACGAGCAGUGCGCAAGUAUGUCCCAAAAACAAUUUCUACCGGCUAUGCCAUAUGA